UUUUAUUUAAGAAAAUUAUAAAAACAUUAAUAAUGAAUUUAUGGUUAAUUUAAUAAAAAAACUUAUUAUAUAAUUAGAUGGACCAACUUAUUUCUCUAAUAAUUCUAAAAAUCAUUCUAGUAAUGACAUGUGGCUACAAAAAAAGUUGUAAUGCUUCUCAAAUAAUAUAUAGGGGAUUUGUUUGUGUUUUGCAUCUCUGGUUUAUGAGCUAAUACACACCAUUAUAUUGCUUAUAAUAGCACUUGAUUCUGAAAUGUUUGUCUUAAAUAAACAAUUAUAAUAGCUCAACCAGUCAUUCUAAACAAUUAUAAUAGCUUUAUUCGUUCCAAAAUGGUAUAUGUUUUAAAAUUUCCACACAUAUUAGAAAAAAAUGUUAAGUUUUGAUUAUAAAUUUAUUGUUUUUGUGAUUAGCUAUUAGUCAAACAAAAUUCAGUAAAUACAUAUAAUAUCUUUAGAAUUUACUGGUAUUUCAUGCAUUAAAAAUGUAUUUUUAGAAAUAAUUUUUUUUCUAAAACAUAGAAUAUUUUGAAAUAGAGGGGGUAUAAAAUAACAACACACUCGUACAAGCUGAAGCAACCAGCUGGGUCAUUCACUCAUUGUCAUAAGCGUGUUGCAGGUCCGUAAGUAAUUAUUAUACUGUAUCACAUUUGGGAUUUGAAAACCUUAAAAACAUCAUUUAAUACAAGACAGCUUAUUUAAUGUUCAACCUGUAAGUUCAAGACAGCUUCACUUAUAACCGCUAAUGCUAAUUACAAUUUUUAUAAGCAACCUUUUUUCCAUCUUUUGUCGUUACCUGAUAAACUAGAAAUCGUAUUGCAAUUAGCAUAACUUACUGGAUUACACGUUAACAACUCUUUAUCGUCGUGAUCAAUUGUCCCCACAUGGUCUCGUUGGCAUAGACACGUGCUUCAAAUUACAAUGAGGUUCUCGUGAAUAACGCAUAUAAGUAUAUUAGUAUAUAUAUAUACUUCAUAAUGUGCCAUUAAUACCUUAAUUAUAUCAUACCGAAAAUGGAGAUGAACCAAGAGGAGAACAUAGGAAUACAAGGCAGAGUCGUAGCCGUGACUGGUGGGUUGGGUUUAGUCGGUUCCAACGUAUGCCUUGAGCUGCUCCGGCGUGGAGCUCUCCAGGUCCGCUCCUUAGACUGUCGCAAAACCUCUCCCUGGUCCGACCAUCUCACAGAAUCGGGCGUCCACUGCAUAAACGGAGAUGUUGUGAGUAUAGAGGACGUAGAAGAGGCUCUUGACGGAGUAGACUGUGUGAUUCAUCUAGCUUCGUACGGUGGUUCGGGUAAGGAAAUGGUUCAGACUCGUCGGAUAGAGGAGGUCAACGUCGAAGGUACUCGUAACGUUUUGGAAACCUGUGUGAAGAAAGGGAUCACGAAGGUUGUGUAUUUGAGCUCAAACGGUGUCGUUUUCGGUGGAAAAGAGAUUGAGAAUGGAGAUGAAACUCUUCCUUGUUUAUCUUCCAAUCAAUACGUCGGCCCGUAUGAUCAGACUAAAUCUGUUGCUGAACAGUUGGUUCUCAAGAACAACGGUCGUAUUGUCGAGACUAGGAGUGGGCAUGGAAGUCUUUUAUCUACGUGUGCGAUUCGUUGUCCACUUGUUUACGGACCUGCUGAAGAGAAGUAUCUUGAUAGGCUAAUCUCUGAUGCAAGAUUAGGUUUAUUACUCUUCAAAAUCGGCGAUCCAAACUCGAAAAUCGACUGGAUUUAUGUGGAUAACAUAGUACUAGCACUCAUGUUAGCGACCACCGGUUUAAUGUCUAAAUACUCAAAAGUUGCUGGGAAGGCCUACUUUGUUUCAGAUGGUAGUCCUAUAAAUUUCUUUGAGUUUCUCCAGCCACUACUGAAGAAUUUAGAUUAUGACCUGCCCAAGUCAUCGCUAUCUAUUCCACUUGCGGUUUCACUCGGAAAUAUAUGCAAAGCUAUAUACAUAAUGCUAUCUCCAUUGCUGAACCAACGGUGGAUUCCACAACCACUGAUUCUUCCACCAGAAGUUUAUAAGGUGGGAGUGACUAACUACUACUCGAUCCAGAAAGCCAAGGAAGAACUAGGUUACGAGCCCAAGACACAUCCGGAAGAAGCCAUGACCGAAACUAUUACAUAUUUAAAAAAAAAAAAAAAAAAAAAAAAAAAAAAAAAAAAAGAACAACACGUGAGAGAAAAUUCUCUCGACAUCUCUCUCCCCACCAAACACUUUUCUUUCGCCGACAACCUCUUUUUCUCGCCUCCGGUGGCCGACGGAGACUCUCUACCCGUCGGUCGCCACCCCAUCUCCGCUCCCUUAUCCAAUUCCUCUUCACCUGUUAUAUCUUGGCCUCUUCACGUCCUCCUUGCUUCUUUAUCUCUGGUCUUCCUCCGGAUAGCGGCCGGAUCCGGCGAAGAUACCGGUGUCUGGGUGUGUAUUCAGACUCCCUGGAGUGAAGGCGAGUUCGUGUUUGGCCUGAGAUCCGCAGGAGGCGCCGUUUUGAUGGUGGAUCUAGGGUUUGGCUUAAAGUAGAUCUGGGUCAGAUCUUCACUGGAGGUUUCGUCGGAGUUCCUGUGCGUCGCUGCCACAGCCUCUCGGACCAGCUCCUCCUCUGUCUUCUCCUGUCUCCUCUCUCGGUUGCUCAAGCUAGAACUUCCCCCUCUAGAUCUGUUGGUCAUAGUUGAAAAGGCGAAGUCGAGGUAUUCGCCGGGGACUUCUUUUAUGUUUGGUUUCGCACGGCUACCAUGGCUUUGUUAGGUUCGGAUCUGUUCAUCGGUUCGUGGUGGCUCAGAGCUUGUGCCGUUGCUCUGCUUCACCAUAGCGCUUAAAGACGGAUCUUUCUCACCUUCUGCGCCUGUUGAUGGGAGCUUUGCUUCCCCGCAUUUAAAGUUUCAGAAGGAAGUUGAUCGUCGCUACCUGCCUUUCCCGAAGCUCUGAAUCUGGAAUCUUGUGUGCUCUGCUCGUGUGAUGGGACCGGAGCUGGAGCCGUUAAACCUCCGCUUCCAUCAGCUUGUAUCUUCACCAGUGCUUCAUUGCCAGUUUCUUUGAUUUGGUUUAGGAUUCACAGGGAUCCGAAGGUCAUCAUCUGGAGUGUUCAGUGUCUGGAGUAGGCUUCAUUGGGUGUAAUGACCGGACCAGGACGAUGCCAACCCUGCUUCGCUUGUUUUCCCUUUAGGAGCCGCCUUCGGGAUGGUCUGCGGUGCCUCAGACCGUUCUCCGGCUGUUAUCUUCAAUGGUCUUAGUUCUUGAUUCAGGUUCCGGUAUCAAGCCAAUACUUGGAUCUCCUGAAACUCAUCUGUUUGUUGCUGAAAUCAUAGUGAUAGCUAAGCUUUAAUCAUAUCCUUUGGGAUUCAGAUUAAACCUUUCGUGUUUUAGAGGAUCUUUUUUAGCUUUUUUUGAGGUUCUCUUCAACUUAUUUGCUUUGUUUAGCAAAAUUAGAUGCAUUAGGCUUUGAGUUCCUCAAAACUGAUUGUAUCACCUUGUCUCAUUACUCUGUUAAUGAAAUUCACAUACUUAUCAAAAAAAAAAAAAAA